GAGCGGACAGGAAGGGCAGAACAGCAUUUUCUCGUGUCCCGUUCCCGCCCGUCCCUGCUGCUAGGCUCAUGAGGGAACCGCGCUGCGCACGCGACUUCGAAGGGAUGGCCAGACAAGAACCUCAAGAGAGAAACUAUGACAAUAUGCUGAAGAUGAUAGAGGACCUGAACAGAGACCUAGAAAAACUUCUGGAGGAAAUGGAAAAACUGACAGCCAAGAUUUCUGGCUUGGUAGUAUUUCUUGUGUUUAUAGUUCAGGCAACCUGGAUGGCAUAUGACAUGGUAGUAAUGCGUACCAACCCUGACCUGACCAAUUCCAUGAGGCGCUUGGAAGAGGCCUUCCUGAACUGCAGAGAAGAAAUGGAGAAAAAAUGGCAAGAAGUGCUAAGAGAAUCUAAAGGUGAAGAGCAAAAAAAGGAAUAAGUUGAAUUUAGUCAUGCUGGCAGAACUGUAUCGCUUGGAAAGUCUCCAGUUUUUUUGUAUUCCAGGCAUGGAGUUUUCACAAACACCAUGGAAUUGCUGUUCACCUUACUAAGAACUAUGCAUGUGUUUACAUUUAUGGAAAUAUUUUUAUGAUAUAUUAAUAUUGUUGAAGAUAAAAGGUAACUGUUUCUAAUUUUUAUUAUGCUUACCUUGUAUAGUGUAUGUGCAUACAGAACUUAAGAUGCUAUAAGUGUUUUUUUUUGUUUUUCCUCACUCACUUCACAGUCAGUAUGCCUAUGUGGAAUUCUUUGAUUCAUAAACAAAUUGAGUGGAGGGAGAAGGGGAGGGUAUGCAGUACACAACUAUACCAAUGUGCCUUUCAAGGAAAAGUAAAUAAUUCAUUUUUUACCAAAUGAACAAUUUUAGACUUGCAGAUUCAUCAUGCUAGUUUGAUGUGAGAUUACCUACCAGGUGUUCAUCAACAGAAUUUUAUUAUUAGGUAGCUCAUCUGUAAUUUUUUUUUUUCUCCAUUAUAUUUCCUUGGAAUUUCAGCCAUUUAUUUGAAUUGACUGUCCCAGAAAGUUUAUUCUCUUGAAAUUCUCUGAAGGUAAGAAGAAAAUGUUCAGUUAUAAACUACACUUUGUGUGGUACAGUCUGUGGGAUUGCUGCUGAAACCAAAUUGAUCUUAUUAUAAAACAUGGCUUUCUCCCUAUGUUCCUUCUAUAUGUUAUUAAAAAGGAAUAGUAAAAAAUUUACCUUGUAGUCAAGAUGCAGGCUAAGAGCACCACCUUGUGGCUUGCAGUUAAUUCAUAAAUAUUUUAUCUAAGCUGGAAAACCAUGUAAGUUUCCAUUAAAAUCAUUAUGUUAACAGGCUGAUUUACAGCAAGCAGCAACAUAGCAAGUAAUAGCACCCUAAAGUAAUGUCAACUUGCCCUCCCUACCCCCAUUUAUACCUACUGUUUCUAGAGGCAGAUGGAAAGUUUGAACUACAUUCUUGACUUUUGUUGCAGAAGAUAGGUCUUCAUUCCAGCCAAGGUAGGGCAAAAUAGCAAUUUGAUCACUCCUUGGAGGACCUUCAUGGCCUGUUUUCACUUUAGUACCUUGACUGCAUCACCUCCAUUUUUUAAAUCUGCAUUAAGAACUUACUUUUUCUUUCUUUUUUUUUUCUUUCUUUUU